GGGCGGGGCGCGGCGGGGCUGGAUGCUCGGCCCUACCGAGCGGGUCGGUGGUGGCGGGGGCGGCGGCGGGCGAGCCGCUGGUAUGUCGUCUGGGCCGCGCUGCCCGGUGUGCGCCGAGCCCUGGGUCUCGCCGCGGCUGUUGCCCUGCCUGCACUCGUUGUGCGCGCCCUGCCUGCAGCGGCUGGGGCCGCUGGGGGAGGCGGGCAGGGCCGCCGUCCGCAGCGUCCUCUGCCCGGUGUGCGACGCCGAGGUGGCGCUGCCGCCCGGAGGCGUCGGCCAGCUCACCCCCGACUACCUGGCACUGAGCGGCGGCGGGGCGGCGGUGGGCUGCGACCUCUGCCCCGAUGGGGCGGCCGCGGGGCGCUGCCUGACCUGCGGGGCCCACCUCUGCCUCUUCUGCUGCCAGGCCCACAGGAGACAGAAGAAGACAGCCUCUCAUGCUGUGACAGAGCUGGAGAACACCAAGGACUGCAGCCAGGCUGGGAAGCCUCUCUUCUGCCCUUCCCAUCCCACAGAAGAGCUAAGGCUGUUCUGCGAGCAGUGUGACCAGCCUGUGUGCCGGGACUGUGUUGUAGACAGGCACCGGCAGCACCCCUAUGACUUCACUGGCAAUGUAAUCCACAGGCAUGGGGACGCCCUGCGGGAGCUGCUAAAAAGCACCCAACAACAUAUGGGUACCCUAGAGGAUGUGCUGGGCCAGAUUGAUGACAUGGGCAGUGCCGUCCACAGUCGCGCAGAGGCUGUGGCCACAGAGAUCCAUCUGUUUGCUAGUGGGUAUGUGAAAGCAAUUGAAGAGCAUCGGGACCGGCUGCUGAAGCAGCUGGAGGACUUGAAGGUGCAGAAGGAAAACCUGCUGCACUUGCAGAAGGCCCAGCUGCAGCAACUGCUGCUGGACAUGAGGACAGGCGUGGAGUUCACAGAGCGCUUGCUGACAAGCGGCUCAGAUCUGGAGAUCCUCAUCACCAAAGGGGUGGUGGCGAGCCGGCUGGCAAAGCUGAACAGCGUUGCUUACAACACUCACCCCAGUGUGGAUGAUGGGAUCCACUUCUCUCCCCAGGAGAGGGCAGGGCAGUGUUGUGGAUAUGAAGUUUUUGGGGCCAUUCUCAACAAAGUGGUUGAUCCAGCCAGAUGCACCCUGCAUGGAGAAGAUUUCCACAGGGCCCGUCAGAACCAGCUGACUGGCUUUACCCUGCUCUGCAAUGACACCACAGGGGAGCGGAUGGGGCGAGGAGGAGAGGCUGUGCGGGUCACCAUCACCCACAAAGACAAGAGGGACUGUGCAGUCAAGCCAACAGUGUGUGAUAACGGUGAUGGGACCUACCAUAUUUCCUACAGCCCUGAGGAGCCAGGCUUGUAUGCUGUCUGCGUCUGUGUGAAAGGGCAGCAUGUACAGGGCUCUCCAUUCACUCUGAUGGUGAAAAACAAAUUCCGUGAGCAUCAAGGCAUGUUUCACUGCUGCACGUUCUGCUCAAGCGGAGGGCAGAAAGCUGCUCGCUGUGCCUGUGGGGGGACCAUGCCAGGUGGGUACCAAGGCUGUGGCCAUGGACACAAAGGUCACCCUGGCUGCCCCCACUGGUCGUGCUGUGGACAAGUGAAGGAGAGCUCGGAGUGUUUGGGUGGGCCACCCAGUGACACCUUGCAGAGGAGUUUGCUCAGGACAGUGGUGCUCUGAGCAGCCAGGUAAGCCCCGGCAAGCCCAGGGCACUGCUGCUGGCUGCUGUGUGUGCACCAACCACAAGGAUCUCCAUGAUCACUGCAUAGCCUUGCUGCCAGAAAACAACAUUGUAACGGGUGUGAACUGAGAGAGAGGAAUGAGGGAAAAUAAAAUUGUGCCUUAUAUUCCACCCGG